AUGACCACCAAACAGACCAAGUUUGAGCUCCGGAUGGUCCCGCCGCAGUGCCCGCGCUGGCAAACGAGCAGUGCUGCACCAUCAUCACGGCAUGGGCCGGACAGCGAGAGCCAAGUUGCCGCGAUCAGAGCCCGCCUGCUCGCGUGGUACGAUGCGAAUGCGCGCACACUGCCAUGGCGCGCUCCACCGCAGACGCACAUGCAGACAGACAAGACAAAGCAAGAGAAAGACCAGGAAGAAGAGCAAGACCAGGGCUCGAGGGUGGAUUGGGUUCAAGACAAGCGCAAUCGCAGGAACCUCGACUUGACUCGAGACGACAGCAGAAAUCAAUCAGACGAUCAGAGCGACCAGCAAGAUUCAUGCAUGGAUCAGAUCCAACUUCAUCGUAGCCAGAGCAAGAACCUGACCCGAGACCGCGGAUACGACGUCUGGGUCUCGGAAAUCAUGCUGCAGCAGACGCAGGUCGCGACCGUGAUUCGUUACUACACGCGAUGGAUGGACAGCUGGCCAAGUAUCGCCGAUCUGGCUGCAGCCACGCCAGAGCAAGUGCAGGAAGCAUGGCGCGGGCUGGGAUACUACUCGCGCGCGCGACGACUGCGUGAGGCAGCGGUCAAGGUUCAUCGAGAGCUUGGCGGGGCCUUGCCUCGGUCUGCAAAGGAGCUACAAGCUCAAAUACCAGGUGUCGGACCAUAUACCGCUGCAGCAAUUGCGUCUAUUGCGUACAAUGAGCCGGUCGGGCUCGUGGACGGGAAUGUAGUGAGGGUGUUGACUCGGCUCUUUGCCAUUGGCGCCGACGUUGCCGGGUCUGUCGCAGCAGUCUGUGCAGAAGAACGAGCCUCCACCUCGGGAGAAGCGAAACCGGUGACUGAACCGGCACCAACAGAGGUUUCGGAAGCCAAACCACCGAUCAAAUCAACCUCGACCAAACCUGCCUUGAAGUCAUCAUCGUCGUCAAGUGCGGCUGCGACCGGACGUGCCGUACCCGUCGAAAAUAUUCUCUGGAGCAUUGCAAACCGGUUGGUCGAUGCUACGCGGCCAGGGGACUUUAAUCAAGCAAUGAUGGAGCUCGGCGCGACCGUUUGCACUCCAACCAGUCCACAGUGUGGAUCAUGUCCCUUGCAGACUGAGUGCAUGGCAUACCGUGAUCAAGAGCGCUCACCAGACCAGUCAGCUGAACAUUUAGCGCGAAACUGCGGACUUUGCUUGCCUGCCGACGCUUGGGCAAACGGAAACCCCUCAGUCACACUCUAUCCUCGGAAGCUCAAAAAGACGCGGCAACGAGAAGAGCACGCCGCUGUUUGUAUUGUAGUAGAUCGCCACACGGGUCCUGUCGACCGGUAUUUGAUGGUGCGGCGUCCAGACAAGGGGCUCCUGGCAAAUUUAUGGGAGUUCCCAACCUGUUCCCUGCCCAACGCCGGUGCCACUGACACGGAAGCCGCUGCUGGAGACGAAAGCAGCGAUGACAGUGACUCGGAAGGCAGGGCAACGUUGCCGUCAAACCGUCGCCGCAGCAGUUCAAGUUCGACCACGACCGAAACCAAAGUCGAUGCUGCUGCGGGAGCGUCGGCAACUGCCACGCUAAUGGCUGCUGCUCGUAAACAGACCUUGGACGAGUCCGCUGCGCAAAGUACCCACGAUGCUCUGGCACAGGUCUGCCGCGCCACCACGAACGGCUACCUCGAAUCCACGUUGUUAGGCGGUCUUGUUCCGCUUGCCGAUGUCAUUGACGAAAAGUCGCGAAAAGCGGUUGGUUCCACUGUGCACCUCUUUUCUCACAUCCGACAGACAUACCACGUGGAAGUGGUCGAUCUGAAGGCUUCCGUGGCGCCUGAUGUGCUUCUUUCACAGCUGCAGGUCGAGUCGCGCUGGCUGACCGCCAAUGACAUGCUCGCAUCCGCCGUUCCGACGGCCGUAAUGAAGGCAUUUGAACUGUUUACCCAGGCUGCUCAAAAGACCUCGAAAUCGCUCAAGACCGUCCAUGCUGAAGCCGAAUCAAAAACCGCCACUCCCACUCCUCGAGUCAAGCGCAGAGCCAGCCAACCACCGUCCGCAUCUGCAACGCCUUCCAUAGCUUCCUUCCUCGUGAAACGAAGUCGCGUGGUUAAAUCCGAAACUGUCGAUGUGUCUGAUGAUUGA